AUGACGGAAUCCAAUGGCUACUAUGCGCCAAACAUGCGCGCCGUGCCUGCUGGCGAAUUUGUAAAACCGCUCAGAAGAACUAACGGUGCCGGUGUGCAGGCUGAGGACACGCGGAUAUGCGUCGUCAUGGUGGGGUUACCUGCCAGAGGCAAGAGUCUGAUCGCACAAAAAGUUGUUCGAUACUUGCAUUGGCUGUCGAUCAAGUCGAAAACCUUCAAUGUGGGGCAGUAUCGUCGAACUGCGACACCAAACCCCUCCGCCGAGUUCUUUGAUCAAUCAAACCCCGAAGGAGAACGACUUCGAAAGGCUGCUGCCGAGGCUGCCGUGAACGACAUGUGCAAGUGGUUUGCAGAGGGCAAGGGUCUCAUUGCGAUUCUGGAUGCGACAAACUCGACGAAAAGCCGUCGCAGGUGGAUACAGGAGCGUUGUCAGGCGGAGAACAUUGAGACUUUGUUCGUGGAGUCAAAGUGUGAUGACGAAGACCUGAUCAUGAGCAACAUCCUGGAAGUAAAGACGACGUCGCCGGACUACGUGGGACAAGACCCAGAAGAAGCUGCAGCAGAUUUCCGAAACCGUAUCCGGAACUACGAGAAGGUCUACCAAACGAUAGACGAGGACGAGCGCGAUCUUACUUACGUCAAGUUGAUCGAUGUGGGCAAGCAGGUCAUUAUCAACCAGAUCCAGGACUACCUCCAGAGCCGCGUUGUCUACUAUCUGAUGAAUCUCCACAUCAAGCCGCGAUCGAUUUGGCUGUCACGACACGGCGAAUCGGCAUACAACCUGACUGGCCAAAUCGGAGGAGACGCAGACCUCUCAGAACGUGGGGACGCUUACGCCCACGCCCUUCCUGGACUGGUUGCACAGUCUGUAGGCGAUGGCCGAAAGCUGACUGUCUGGACGUCCACCCUGAAACGAACGAUUCAAACCGCACGAUUCCUGACAUUCGAAAAGCUCGAAUGGAAAGCGCUCGAUGAGCUCGACUCGGGCGUCUGCGACGGCCUGACGUACGCCGACAUCGAGAAAACGUACCCCGAAGACUUUGCCCAGCGUGAUGAAGACAAGUACAACUACCGCUACCUUGGUGGGGAAUCGUAUCGCGAUGUAGUGAUCCGCCUCGAACCCAUCAUCAUGGAGCUUGAGCGCAGCGAAAACAUCUUGAUCGUCACACACCAAGCCAUUCUGAGAUGCAUAUAUGCAUACUUUAUGAAUGUGCCGCAAGAGCAGAGUCCAUGGAUGGAGGUUCCACUCCACACGCUCAUCAAGCUCACGCCCAAGGCAUACUCGACACAAGAGGAAAGGCUGAAGGCAGAUAUCCCCGCGGUCAGCACGUGGAGGGGAAAGGGCAGUAAGGCUGAGCACCAGCAGGCAGAGGGACAUGCAUAG